GCUGCAGCAAGACAUCAGUGCUCUUACUUGGUAAAUCUUCAUGUCAAUUAUUUUCUACAAGUUGGAGGAGAUCCUAAAUGGCUGAAUGGUCUAGAAAAUGCACCUCAAAAGUUGCAGAAGUUGGGUGAUUUGAAUAAAAUUUUGGCACACAGACCUUGGCUCAUUACAAAGGAACAUAUUGAACAACUUCUAAAAACCGAAGAACACAGCUGGUCAUUGGCAGAAUUGGUCCAUGCUGUAGUACUCCUCACACACUAUCACUCACUUGCUUCGUUCACUUUUGGCUGUGGAAUCAAUCCAGAGAUCCAUUGUGAUGGCGGUCACACUUUCAGGCUGCUCUCCGUUGAUGGUUAUUGCAUUUGUGAUAUAACAAAUGGCAAUCAUGAUGAGUAUAAGAUGCACACCCCCGAUACAGAUAUUACAACUCCCGAGCCCUCCUGUGAAGUAGAAGCACUUAUGGAAAAAAUGAAGCAAAUACAGGAAUGCAGAGACGAUGUUGAAGCUAGUCAAGAGGAAAAGGCCACCCGAUUCGAGAAGGAGAAGAGAGAAAGCAUGUUAGUGCGUUGCUCAGAAGAUGAAGAAAUAUCACCUACAAGAGAUGUAUCUCGUCACUUUGAGGAUACUAGCUAUGGUUAUAAAGAUUUUUCAAGACAUGGGAUGCAUGUACCUACCUUCCGUGUACAGUUGCUUCCAUCUACCUAUUUUGCUUUUAAGGACUAUUCGUGGGAAGACCACGGAUAUUCUCUGGUAAAUCGUCUCUAUCCAGAUGUAGGACAACUAAUAGAUGAGAAGUUUCAAAUUGCCUACAACUUGACUUACAACACAAUGGCUAUGCAUAAAGAUGUGGAUACAUCAAUGCUUAGGCGUGCAAUUUGGAAUUACAUCCACUGUAUGUUUGGAAUAAGAUACGAUGAUUACGACUAUGGUGAAAUUAAUCAGCUGUUGGACCGCAGCUUUAAAAUUUAUAUCAAAACUGUAGUGUGUGCUCCCGAGAGGACCACAAAUAGAAUGUACGAUAGCUUCUGGAGGCAAUUCAAACAUUCUGAGAAGGUUCAUGUCAAUUUGCUUCUCAUAGAAGCACGGAUGCAAGCCGAACUGCUUUACGCUCUGAGAGCCAUUACUCGUUACAUGACGUGAAAACUUUGGGCAGUAAUAAUCGAAGGUGCCACAGGGGCAACUUACCAGGGCUUGUUAAGGGGCUUCUCCACCAGCAGGGGCUAAAAGCCAUGAAUCUUUUUGUGCCAUAGUGUUUAUUAUUAUUACUGCUGCUACUACUAGUAUUAUUGCAGCUCCUUCCUUAGUGGGAUAUUACUGCUGAUGUUGAGGUUGGUGGUAGGACAGUUGUUCAGAGACACAAUCAAACGGAUUCCAGCCUGCUCUAGUUAGCACAGGAGGCAAUGGCUUCUGGUAGACAACUAAUUACUGAAAUCCUCAUGUGUUGUCAGAAAUAAAUAAGAAUCUGGAAGAUAAGAAUUUUGCUUUUGAUAUAAGAGUGAAUAAUGUUUUUAUAAAAGUCCUGAUGCUGCUGAACGUGCUGGUUAAAUGAAGAGACUAGCAAUUCCAGUUAUUAAGCUAUAAACAAAUGCAAGCAAUGCUAUCGUCUGAGCCUACAUUGUAUGUGAUUUUAGAGAAGCUCCUUGCUGAUAAUGCAGAGCUGAACAGGAUGUUACAUUAACAGUUUUGAUUGUUAAAAGAAUCUUUUGCUGUCUAGCUUGGUCUUAUUAUUUCAGACUGAGACAGUGCAAGACUAUCAAAGCUGCUUAAAAACCUGCAACUUUGGGAAAAAACUGAAUAGUUAAGAGCAAGGAUAGAUAAUCUUAUUUCUUCAGUAUUCCUAGAAGCUAUCAAAGAUGUCGAAAUAUCCAUUCAGGCCUCAAAUAGCUUCUUACUAAAACCCUCAUUUCUACAGUUUGCCCCUUAAGUAGCAGCUUACGUAGUUAAACAAGAAAAUAGCAUAACAACAAGAACAAAAACCCUGUAAGUGACUUUGAUAUACAUGUGUGAGUGCGUGCAUGUGUAAAAUAUAUGGACACUUUUUGUAUGAGAUCUUUGUUAGUAUUACUGGGUUGUUUAAAUAAAAAAAUAACAUUUUCCUCUUUUUUUCAUACUUCGUACACUAGUACCAGUAUAAUUCAUUACAAAAUAGACAAAUGAAUGCUGUGUCUGGUGUGUAUUUCUAAUUUGUGUUUGAGAGAAAAACGACAAAAGUUAAACUGCAAUUCUUGACAGUUCAACAGGAAGCAUCUGCUAUUUCCUUUAGUCAAAAAUGCAAGGCAAAUGCUGAUCCAAAACAUAUAAGCCAAAUGUGCAAUUUUAAAGUUGGCUUUGACUAAAAAUACUAAUUUUAUUCCCAGCUCUUAUGAAUUUCAUCUGUGAAAUCAAAUAACUAUCUCGCUUUACCAGAUUGGCUUAUCAAUAAAGGGACAAGGAUUAUAAUUUUAUCACAUAAAUACAUUUACAAUCGUUUAAAAGUAAAAAUUUUCAUUUAUACUGUGAUUUUCAAUACAUUUUUAAAAUAUUGGGUGGAGAAUGUUAGUCUGAAUCAUCUAAAAAUUCAUUUUGAAAUUGUUGACCAAAUGCAAUACUAUUCUAUAUAUUAAAACCUAACAAAAUUA